UUGGUCAAAUGACGCACGGCCGCCGGCUCGGGCAUGUCACAUUUCUUCGCUUCUCCGUUCUCUUCCCUUCGACGGCACUGGGCAGCCGAUCGCAGCCAUGGAGUCCUUCUUUAGCGACACCGAAAAGCGCUUCAUUUUGGCCGAGAUGAUCAAGCUCAGCCAGCUCGACGUUGCCAUUCUCGUGGACUUCAUCAAGGCGCACGGGAUCCGGCCGGACUGGCUAAAUAUGCAGCUCCCAGGAGGGCGCAACAUGAGCCAGUGUCUGCACGCUGCAGAGGCCAUGUUCAACACGCCGAUGCCCCCGCCGCCUAUGAUCUCGCCCAUAAAACGUAAAUCUCAGGGUGAUCUAGAGGAUUACGCCCCGAAACGUCAGGCGGUCGAAUCCCCUGGCGAGCUGUCCCCGCGCGGCUUUUCGCUCGGUCCCAACAUACAGUCCGCCACCCAGCCCGUAAACAUCCAGCCCCGACCAAAUGGCUACGCUCCGGCUCCCUUGCCCCCCUUGGGUCCCGCGCCGGCCGUGUCGGCUUCCCCCUAUAAUCCAACUCCGACCGGCCGGAGACGCGGACGUCCCCCGAAGUCGGUGCAGAAUACCUGGCAGGUAUCGACUUAUCCUUCGAUUGCCCCGUCACCUGCAGCCUCGUCCGGUUCUCAACCACACAGCCCGGGCCUGCAUGGGGCCCCACCGCCACAAAGCGCGGCUCAAGGCCCAUCAGACCCAAAGCAGAAAAAGAAAGCGCUGCCCGACAUUGCGCCUAGGCCGGUUCAGGGAGGGCCAAACUCGGAAUCGGCCAUCAGGUCACCUGCCGUCCCGGGAGCGGACUACCAAAGCUGGCGGGAAGAGACAUCUCGUCGGGAUUACUAUCAAGUCCAGUCAUCCGAGCCUGCAUCGCGAGAGCGACCGUCUUCGGCAUACCCCCCAAUCUUACCCCGACCGCGGAGCCCGUAUCCGUUGCCUCCCCCAGGGGAAUCAGCACGGCCAGCUUCGACAGAACUGAGGCGUUUCGAGGAAACACCUCCAGCGACUACGUCGGAACCGACAAAGAAGGAAAACAGGACCUCGGCUGGGGAGCCAAUCAAGACGUAGCUAAAUCGGGCUGGACCACGACGGAGAACUCGCGGUAUCAGCUGGCCGCAUUGCCUCUGUAUUUCUCUUGACUCCGGAUCUAUCCCUACCUGUACCCAGGGUAUACAGGAGGGGCGGCCUUC